GAUCAAAACAACCAUGGGGCGAAGGAGAAAGAGAAGAACUCACGUAAAAACGGAUGAAGCCGCCGCCGCAAAGGUCCCAAAAUCUUUUGUGAUCAAAUCAGGUGUGGUCGGACGUAGUCUGUCACUUCUGGUGAAGGAUGUUCGCAAGACUAUGGAGCCGAAUACGGCUCUAAGACUACGGGAACGAAAAGGCAAUAAACUGAAGGACUUUCUCCACGUCGCCGGACAGCUAUCUGUCACCCAUCUACUAAUUUUCUCAAAGACAUCUGCCGGAAUCAAUCUGCGAAUUGGACGUAUCCCACGUGGGCCGACCCUCACUUUUAGAGUGAACUCUUAUGCCUUGACUCCCGAUGUAUUAGCGCUGCAAAGUCGGCCAAAGUCGCCUGGUACCGAAUUCAACUCGGCCCCAUUGGUGGUUCUGAACAACUUUGGAGGAGAUGCGAAGCACGUCAAGUUGAUGGCGACAAUGUUCCAGAAUUUAUUUCCUCCAAUUCAAGUCCAAACGAUGAAACUAGCGGAUGCCAGGCGAGUGAUUCUAUUCAAUCUGAACAGCGAAACGGGGGAGAUAGAGUUCCGCCACUAUUGUAUCAGAGUGAAAGUGACUGGUGUUAGCAAAAGUGUCAAGACUAUCAUCCAGACCGAUGUACCCGACCUGAGGCGCUACGAUGACAUUAGUGACUACAUUUUGAGGGGUGCCUUCGCAUCUGAGAGCGAUGUUGAAGACAAUGGCGAAGCAACUGUCACAUUGCCACAGAAGUAUAUUGGGAAAGGCAAUCGUCAAGCCGAGCAGCGUGCCAUCCGUCUCGUGGAGAUGGGACCCCGAAUGCAAAUGUCCCUACUGAAGAUACAGGCUGGAAUGUGCGACGGAGAAGUACUCUACCAUUCGCUUGUGCAAAAGACGCCUGCGGAGAUUAAGGAGCAAGACCAACGGCGGAAAAAGUCAGAGGCGGAGAGAGCGCGGAGAAGGGCAGAGCAGGAGAAAAAUGUGGCGAAAAAGCAGGCAGCGAAAGGCGCCGCUGAAGGGGAGGAUGUAGAUGAGAAGAGCGAUUCUGAUGACUAUUCAUUGGAGGACGAGGAGCUGGAGGAGGAAGAAGAAGAUGACAUGCACGAGGACCAGUCUUAAUCAACCUGUAUAUAAUUGCACGCUUUUUAAAUGAUCGAAUUGUUACGGCUCUACCAAACAAAU